AUGGAUACAGAUAAGAAAUCUGGAAAAGUUAAGAACUUUUUCAAAAAGUUCAAAUUGGAGACGGAAGACGUUAAAAAGUUCAACGGGCCAUAUGUAAAUUCAUACUUAAGGCUCAUAGCUUAUGCUACGAUGACUGUUCUCACAGGUUGUGUGUACUGGGGUUGGAAUGGAAUCCAGGAGAUGUUGUACAAGGCUGGGUCUUUUGAAGAGCUAUGUGAAGGGCAGGCGGACGCAGUAUUCACGUAUAUAGGCGACCUUCCGUAUAUAGACUGUGGACUCAGGAAGAGUAACAUCAACAACCUUUACACCCUCACCUUCACUACACACUUUGCUUUUUUCAUAAUCGGAGGGAUAUUGUUGGACGUUUUAGGACCAAAAAUUGUGUUCAUAGGGUCUCAGGCAAUAAACCUUUUGUCAUGGAUGCUCAUCUGUACCAUGCCUAAGAAUGAAACGGCCUUGGCUGCUUCCUUCUUCAUGAUAGGAGCUACCGCUGAAACAAUAUUCACUCCCCUACUUACUGUUUCGCACUAUUUUCCGAAAAACCGCUCUUUCGUCAUAUCCAUACUGGGAUCAAUGAGAUCGAUAUCAUUCGUCGUUCCCACGGUUUUGGGUUUCAUAUUCAGGUCUAAAACCUUUACACCGAACUCGCUAUAUUUCAUUGGAAUAAUGUACGGGAUUUGCGGAAAUGUACUAUGUGGCAUAGCAGGAGGGUAUCUGCUCCAAUGGAAGUUCACAUCGCCCAAACAAGCCGAACCGUCAGACCAAUACGUAGACCUAAUGAUUAACAAUGAUGUUGAGGAGGAGGACUUGGACAGCAUGGAGUUGACAGACCAAGAGGAGCCCAAGCGUGAAAACCGUUUCAAGCGAGGCUUGAAAAUUAUGUCGUCAUCAUUAGUGGCAGCUUUUAAGCACAAGCAGCUGUUAGAGUUCAUAAUUGUCACCUUGAGCGCAUCCUUGUUCAUGACUGGAAUCGGAUUUAUAAACAAAUCCCAGCGUGAAAUAUUCGAAAACUCCAUAGGAGAGACCGUUGUGGACAUAUACAAAUACUUCAACAUACUCACGUUCGUCCCGGCGCCAUUCCUAGGCUUGGUCAUGGACAGGUUUGGUCCAGCAGUGGUGAUGGCGAUCCUCAAUAUAUCGGGGUUCCUUUUUUAUAUGCUCGUGAGCUUUAACUCGUACUACACUAAGCUCAUCGCCUGCUUCUUCUACGUAGUAGCCGCGUCACUGUGCUUGUCUUCGAUAUACUGUUACCUCAAUAUCAGGUUCACCAAAAAGUACUUCGGGGCCCAGUUGGGAAUAAUAUUGGGACUCAUAGGCGUUCUAUCCUUUACCAACAACCCACUCUAUGACUUUGCAGUGCUGAAGCUGUCUCACCUUAGGCCUUUCAACUUCAGGCCCGUGACCCUAGGACUAAUGGGCUAUAUGGCCUUCUGUUCAAUUAUGAGUUUCGCAUUAAUAUACAUAUCUGCCACAACCACGCCCGAGCACCUUAAGAUAAAGAAUUCCCAAUCAAUUGAAACACACAUAAUACAAGUUUAG